AUAAAUUCGUUUUUAAUUAUAUAAUAAAUUAUAUAUAAAAGUUCAUUAAAGAUAUAAACGAUAUUAAUCGCUCUAACUUUUAAUGUGAGAGCUCUGUUGCGAAAACUUACUUCGCAAAUAAUAGUAUAAAUAGAUAUGUACAUAAAGACCAAUUAACCCUAAUAGUUCUUCUUUACUACAAUUUUGCCAUUAUUCAUUUAAUUCCUUAGUAAAUAAAAAAUUAAAAAGGUGAAAAAUAAUUGAAACCCUAGCCGUUGUCGACCGGAAUAAGAAAAACAUUCUGAAAACAAAACCAUUGUUUCUUCGAAGAUGUUAAUUUUUAAAAUUGCCGGCAGUUUAAUCUUCUCCUCCGAGUAGUGUCGACUUCACCAGUGGGAGGGUCUCUUGUUAUCUCUGCUGUCAAACGCUCCGACGACGAGAACCACCAUCUCUUCACCCGUCAAUUACGUAUGUCACUCCAUGGUUUCGAAUUUGUAUUUUGUUUCCUCCGAUUAAUAAAUUUUGAAUUUCUGGAAUAUUGAAAUAUCCAUGGAGUUUGGAUAGCUUUAGAUUUUGUGUUAAGUGUUAUAGAUCAGAAUAUUUGUUACAACGAAUCAUAUGCAGCAUUGCUUAUGUGCUUCCGCUGCUGCAAUUGCGUAAGUUUUGGUUACAGUUUGGUUUACUUAUUUUAUUUUGGUUUAUUUAAUUUAAUUUGUUGUUUAGAAAUAUUUUGGUUUAAUUCAAUUGAAAUAUAUAUGUGCUUUAAGAAAAUCAGAACUUAAUGGUUAAAUCCGGUUUUCAAUAACCAGUUCGUUAAAUAAAAUUUAAUUAAUUUGUGGCCAAAUAAUUAUUAAAUAUGUCGCCAAAGUAAACAAAAGUCUGUCAAAUUGUAAUUAAAUUGGUCAAAAAAUAAAAUAUUUCAAAUUCAUAUUAAAUUUUUCAAAAUUAAGUAAAUUUGUGGUCAAAGGAUAAUAAAUCAGUUAAAACCCAAAUAAAUCUAUCAAAAGUAGAAAAAUUGGUGGUCAAUGGGAAACAAAUAUAUCAAACCUUAUAUAAAUUUGUCAAAAAGAAGUAAAUCUAUGGCUAAAGGAAUUAAAAUCUAAUUAAAUAUAUGAAUAUUUAAUAAAUCUGUGACUAAAUAUGAGAGAUAUAUCAAAAUAAAUAUGUAUAAAACUAAAAAUCUAAUUAACUCUAUAGAAGUUAAGAUAAAUCUGUCGUCAAAGAAAAAUAAAAUAAAAUUUAAACUAAUAAUUAAAAUAAAGUUAGGGUCAUUCUAGUAAUAAGCUGAUGAAUUAGGGUCAUUCUUGUAAUAAAAAAAUUGAUUUAAAAGGGUUUUAGAGGGGUUUUUAACGUAGAAGCUACGUUGGCCACAGUUACGAUCUCUGCUGAGGUAACAAUGGUGAUCACGUCAUCAACGGAGAAUGCAACCGAUUCCAAACCUCCGUCAGAGAAACUCGGAGACUCGUCCCCGGAGCUCGGAGACUCGAACUCUUCGGAGAAGCUCGGGGACUCCUCAACCGUUUGGAUAGAUCCGGUAGAAUCCGGAUCAGAAUCGGAUCAACCAAAGGAAGGAGAGUGCGUGUUCUGCGCGUUCAUGAAAAGAGGCGGUUGCAGAGAACCAUUCACGGCGUGGGAAGUGUGCAUGGAGGAAGCUGAGAAGAACAAGGAAGAUAUCUUCACCAAGUGUGUGGAAGUCAAUAGUAAGUUGUUUAAAUGUAUGGACGCUCACUCCGAUUAUUACAAGCCCAUUUUCGCGAAGCAAGCUGCUGCAGAACAGGUGAAGGAGGAGUUUGAAGCAGAGAAGAACAAGGUCGUCCAAGAAGAGAAGGAGAUCUCUGAAGAGGAAGUGGCUGCGAGGAAGCAAGCUCAGGGAUAAAAAUUUGUAAUGGCCCUUUUGUUAAAGUUUGUUUAAAGUUUAAGACCAUUGAUGGAUGGUGAUACUGAUAAUUUGAUUUUACUUUGUUAAUGCCCAUGAACAUUCAUUCCAGUUGACAACUCUGGUUCUUUUGUGGUUUACGAUCAUUUGAAUGUGAUUUGGUGCCUAAUGAACCAGUCAA